AUGUUUCGCAGCGAUUGGAAACUGUCGAUCAACUCCAAGACAUUUGAUGCCUUGGAUUGUUCGCUGUUCCGCAACUUCAAAUUCAUGACCGUUGUCAACUAUGCAUUCUUCGUACUGUUUCUCACGGCGCUGAAAAUCGCGUUGUUCGUGUCGGACGUAUACACCUGUAUCAAGCUACUGGCAUUCAAUUCAUGGUCCAACAAUAUCAUCCAGCCGUAUAUUCCGUUUCGGAUCAGCAAAUGGCUAUUUAGCGGAUGCAUCUUAGCGUCCAUAGUCUUGAUCUUAUGGGAGAUUGUUGACGGAAUCCGCAUAUACCGCACGCGAAAUAUAUCGCUGACGUUUGUGAAUAAUUUUUCAAGGGGAAUCUAUUCACUAAGCCAAUACAAUAAGUUUUGCGUAUACAAUUGCAUUUCACCAGAAGGAACAUUUCAAAAAAUGGCAUUUUUCACCUUUUUCGAAUUGAAAGAUUGUUUAAGACUUUUGAUUACAGAUACUCCACGACAAGUACUUAAUGGAUUAACUUUAUGGUCGGUUAUCGUUGCAUCUGAUCAAAACGAUUUGGGUAAAGUGGAAACUUUAAGUGGAUUAUUGGCAAAGAUAAAGACUAUUGCACAAACCAAUCGAGAAGAAGCGGUAUUACUAUCGUUUAUGCUAUUUUCAUUUAUUAUUUGGGCCUUUUUCAUUACCAAAUUUGCAUUGGCGUGUGUUUGUUCCAUAUUCGUGUAUUAUCGAAUUAUAAAUGAAAACCGUCGUGGACUCAAACCCUACGUGUGUGUGACCGUUAGUGAACACGUAAAUGCUUUGGUCGAAAAAUAUCAAAAGAAACGCGGUUUCCCGUUAACGCAUCGUACUACUGAAGAUUUAGAAAGGUGUGAGGACAAAAAUUGGGAGCUGAGCGAAAAUUUGGAUUCCUCAAAUUGGAAUUUUUCAAAGUGGAAUUCCUCCAAUGAAAAUUGGAAUUCUUCGACUGCAAAUUUACUAUCGCCCUUGCGCGAAUCUCAUUCCGGCUCCGAUUCUCGUUCCGCAUCUCGCCCCGUAUCUCGCUCUGCAUCUCGCUCCGAAUUUCGCUCCGCACUCGAACCUCACUCCGCACUCGUUUCUCAAUCCGAGCCUCUACCUUUAGAAAGUCCAAUACAAGCGAUACCCAAAAUUCGUACCGUCAAUACCCCAGAACAAGCAUAUUUUAAAGAAUUCGCUAACGAAAAUAGACAAAGUUUAUGGGAUAGAAGAAUUCAUAUCGAAAAUCAAGAUUAUGAUUAUUAUAUUGCAAAAGACAAGGAAAGAUAA